AUGAUCUCUGGAGCUGGUGUGGCGGGCACGAUCCUCGCCAACGCCCUCGUCCAGCAAGGCGUCGACGUCGACGUCAUCGACAGCCACGCCAACUCCGCCAGUGGAGGCUACGCCUUCCUCCUCCUCGGCAACGGCGUCCAGGGCCUCAAGCAACUCCGCCUCUGGGACGCCGUCGCACCUCUCUGUGUCCAAAUCCACACCGUCCGCUACUUUGACGCGAACGGCAUGCACCUCUCUGACUGCACCCUCCCCGAUUCGUACAUCGUGAGUCGACUCCCGUUCAUCCAGGCCAUGCGGCGACAGACCGUCGCCCAAGCCAAGCUCUCGUUUGACGGCGACGCCAUCGUGCUGCCCGACACCGACGUCACGUACGACCUGGUGGCGGGGUGCGAAGGCGCUCGGUCCCCCACUCGAGCGUGGAUGAACCCCGACGUGUCGAUCUUUUCUGUCGGCAGCUACGAGCUCCUCGGACUUCUCUCUCCAUCCGACUCUGCGGCCCUUCGAUCUGUCCUCGCCCCUGGCCACAUGCACAAGUACCUGUCGUCCGAAACCGGCUUGGCCAUGGGUGUCGUCGCGUUGCACUCGGGCGACAUCUUGUACUAUUUCCAAGUCAACCAAGACAACCACCCAGCUCCGCC